AUGCCUAGCAACCUAGCACGUACUGAGGUUAUGCCGCAAUGCCGGUACCUGGACGUUACCCCAUUUCCCCUAGAAACUGCCAAUUUUCAAUUGUAUGACCCUGGAGUGUUUAACGCCAAUCAGUCCGCUCCCAAGAACGCUGAAAGGCCGUACCUUCUGGCAAACGAUGUAAACUUGGUGGGAGUGGGAGUAAUCUACUGA